UCCAAAUACCUCUCCAUCAUUUACAUCCCUUAUUUGUUUAGGAUAUCUUAUCUGAAUUAUAGCUUCUCCAUCACUUCAUUUUUCCUCUCCAUCAAAAAGAAUGGCCCUUAGCUAGACAUUAUUACUUAUGCCACACCCAUAGUUUUCUAUAUCAUAAACCUUCCUAAGAAAAAAACCCAUUACCCUCAUUAUUUCCUUUAUACAGUUCUUUCUUUUCCCUUUUUUUAUUCAUCUUAUUCUUCCCUUCUCGAACAAUUUAUUUAUAUAUAUCAAGUUAUCAAGAAACACAUACACAAACGAAAACCAAAAUAUGAAGAAACAACAAAAUACCUAUCCGGAGCUGAAGACCCAACGCUCAUUCUUUUCCGAGAAGCCGUGGUUUAUUGCCGUUCUCGUCGCAGCCUCUUUCACCGCCGCUCUACUCGUCGCCGGCAGCUUUACAGGAUCCUCCUCGCGCUCCUUCUUGUGCUCAUUAAGUGGCGCGUACACAACAUCGGCAGCCGAGGACUAUGCAGCCACCCCGUCACAACUCGAAGCCAUUCUCCAUUACGCCACGUCGCGAGUGGUCCCACAACAAUCACGCGCCGAAAUCACUCUUUCCUUUGACGUUUUAAAAGGGCUUGCUCCAUGCAAUUUCCUAGUCUUUGGCUUGGGCCAUGACUCCUUAAUGUGGACCUCACUAAAUCCACGUGGCAACACUAUAUUCCUCGAAGAGGACCCUAAGUGGGUCCAUUCAGUUCUCCAGCGGGCUCCAAAUUUACGCGCCCACGUCGUCAAGUACCCUACACAACUCCGAGAGGCGGACAUGCUUCUUGCGUCUUAUAGGCAAGAAAAGGAGUGUUUGCCACCAAACGUACGCAUCAAGGGAAACACCCAGUGCAAGUUAGCACUAAGCAUGUUGCCAAACGAGGUGUUAGAUAAAGAAUGGGAUGUAAUAAUGAUCGACGCGCCGAGAGGGUAUUUUGCGGAGGCUCCAGGGAGAAUGGGGGCUAUAUUCUCAGCGGCCGUGAUGGCGCGUGGUAGAACGCGGCCAGGUGUGACUCAUGUGUACUUGCAUGACGUGGAUAGAAAGGUAGAGAAAACAUAUGCAAGGGAAUUUUUGUGCGAGAAGUAUUUGGUAAAAGGGGUAGGGAGGCUAUGGCAUUUUGAGAUACCAUCUGCUGCAAAUAGGAGUGUUAGUGAUAAUCCUUACAGCUUUUGCUAAAACUGAUCAGAUUCAGGUAGAGAAAUUUUGUAAUUUAAUCUUUUUUUUAUAUAUUUUUCUUAGUUAAUAAUUGUAAUGUAAUCUUUGAUUUUAUGACUGGAAAUUCCUGUCUA